AUGGAAGAGUACCUGAAAAAAAUCUGGUACGAUCCUCGGCAUGCCGGAUCGUUUGCCGGACCUUCCAAGUUAUAUGAUGUGGUGAAACGAGAAGGCAAAUAUAAUAUUGGUUUGAGAAAAAUCAAAAAAUUCUUACAAAACCAAGAUGCUUACUCGUUGCAAAAGAAACUGAGGCGACGUGGUUUCAAGCGGAGACGAGUCGUGGUUCAAGGGAUCGACUAUCAAUGGGAAGCCGAUCUGGCCGAUGUUCAGAACUUGUCCGAGUACAACGACGGCAUCAAAUUUCUGCUGGUGAUCGUGGACGUGUUUUCUCGUUUUCUGUGGGUUCGACCCUUGAAAGACCGGAAAUCCAAGUCCGUCAUCGAUGCGUUCAAAGACGUACUGAGUGGCCCUAGACGACCCAGAGCCAUCCGCACCGACAAGGGCUCGGAAUUUUACAAUCGAUACCUUCAAAAAUACCUGAGAGAGCAGAACAUCAAGAUAUUUUACGCCCUGAACGAGACCAAAGCCAAUUUUGCGGAGCGAUACAUACAGACUUUAAAGAAGAGACUGUAUCGUUACUUCACCCACCUUCAGAAAUACAAGUACCUAAACAUUCUUCAAGACGUGGUGCAUUCCAUCAACGAUACGCCCAAUCGCUCGCUGAACGGACGGACGCCGUCUUCCGUGACCCAAGAGAACGAAGAAGAAGUGCGAUUAGAUGCUUAUUUAGCACGUCGACAGAAAGACGCACGCAUACCCCGAGGGAAGAAAUCUCUGAAAAAACGCAAACCCUUCAGAUUUAAAAAGGGUGAUCAAGUUCGAAUCACGCAUCUGAAACGGGCGUUUCAACGCGAUUACGACCAGACGUACACGGAAGAAAUCUUCAUCGUGAGUGAUCGUUUCGUGUCUCAAGACAUACCCAUCUACAAAUUGAAGGACAUGAUGGACGACCCAAUUCGAGGAACGUUUUACGCCAGCGAACUUCAGAAAGUGUCGAAAGACGAUGAGACCGUCUGGCGAAUAGACAAGAUCUUGCGGAAACGCAAAGUUCGCGGGAAAGAAGAGGUUCUGGUCAGAUGGCUGGGCUGGCCCAAAAAAUUCGACAGCUGGAUUCCUCAGUCCGACAUAAAAGAGACGUGA